AUGGCUGAAGCUGCCUAUUAUAUCAGCAGGCGUAGAUAUAUACGCAAGGAACUUGUUGAUUCCUACAACUCUAUGGGUCCUGUAGAAAAAGACAGAUACUACGAAAUGGCGAAAGAAAAUUUUGUUACACUUCACCAGGAAUCUUCUGUCCUUGAAGUAAAUCUUGGUGCCAAAUCCAUAUUAACCAUUAUGAACACGAUAAAGCUAUCAGUGAACUACAAUAAUCUGUUUCUGUUCUGGGAGUCAGGCACCAGCUACUGUCAAGACAUUGGCCGCCUUUUUUUAUUGAAAUUAUUGGGCAACGUUGAAAGACGACCAACAACUAUUGCUGCCAAUGAAUACAGAAACAAGAUCAAUAAACGUUUGAUAACCUUGUUUAAUGAAGAAACAGAGGAAUUAAGAAAAGCUUUCCCUUGGAAAAUAGUUAAAGAACAUAAAGAUAUCAUCAGAGUUGUUAGAUGGCCAGAAAAGAUGCCUUUUAAACCACUCAGUAGUAUUAAAGACAUCGAGAAAGAAAUAUUGGUUGAUUCCCUAGACAAAGGGCUCAUUUCUUUUUAUUAUUAUUUAGAGGGAUUGGCCUAG